ACUUGUAUGUGUUAAGGUUAGCGGUGGGUUGUGUGUGUGAAUGUGUCUGUCGUGCAUGCAUUUUAUGAAUGCAUAUCUGUUGCUUUGCAUGCACAUUCUCUCUCCUCUCUUUCUCUCUCUACCCCCACGUUUUCUCUCUCUAGAACUCAGAGAUUUCAGCAGAUUAGAUUAUACUCAUCAACCACUGCAAACUUGGAUUCUUUUCUGCUAAUCUGAAACACCUAUUAUUUGAUUUUCAUUUGGGUUGAAUUUUGGAAUUUGGAUUCAUGGGUUCGGACAUUGGCGUCGUCAAUGCUUCGUCGUGUGUCCACGAAUGGAAGAAGGGGUGGCCUCUGCGAUCUGGUGGAUUCGCCCAACUAUGCUGCAAGUGCGGAUUUAUGGAGGAAUGGAAGGGUGGCAUCCUUGAUCAAUUAUCUUCCUAUGAGAGUUCAGUUUUCUGUAAUAAAUUCCACCGUCAAGAAACUGGCUGGAAGGAUUGUAAAUUUUGCAACAAGCCUAUCCACUGUGGAUGCAUAGUAUCUAGAUCUUUGUUCGAGUAUCUUGACUUUGGUGGUAUAGCUUGUGUUAGCUGUGUAAAUACUUCCCUGCUUAAUAUGAUGAGGAAUCAUGAACAUCCUAAUGGGCCUAUUUCGUUGGCCCAGACCAGUACAAGGGAUCGACAUUCUGCUCAUUUUGAUGGCAGAUUGUUUACGGGUAGUGUUGACGAGGGAAAUCUUAUGCAGUUGUGCAGAGUUGUUGAAGCUAGUGAAUCCAGCCUUUGGAAUAAUAGAUCAACACGGGACAUUACAAGUAUCUCUUCAAAUAAUAUGAAACCAUCUGUUCAAUCAUUAACAUUUGCUGCAUUAGAAAAUAGUAGAUCAACACGGGACAUGACAAGUAUACAUGAAUCAACUGCACAGCCAUCUUUGGGUAUGUAUUUGGGAAACCCAUCAGGGAGCAAAUCUGUCCCGCAUUCUGCUGGAGAGAAUGUAGAAGGACGACUUGAGGGAAAAACAUCCCCUCCCUUUCAUCAAGGACAAAGAUCUCGUCCUAUAUUGCCCAAACUAUUGAAGACCGGGAAUGUGGAAACUGAUAAAGGCACAUUUUCUCAAUCACGUGUUGCCCGGCCACCUGCUGAAGGGAGGGGCAAGAAUCAGUUACUUCCUCGAUACUGGCCCAGGAUUACCGAUCAAGAGCUGGAGCGGUUGUCUGGAGAUUUGAAGUCCACUGUGGUGCCAUUAUUUGAGAAGGUUUUAAGUGCCAGUGAUGCUGGUCGAAUUGGUCGUCUUGUUCUCCCAAAAGCCUGUGCUGAGGCUUAUUUUCCUACUAUUUCACAUUCCGAAGGUCUUCCUCUGCAUGUCCAAGAUGUGAAGGGGAAUGAGUGGACAUUUCAGUUUAGAUUUUGGCCUAAUAACAACAGUAGGAUGUAUGUAUUGGAGGGUGUGACCCCUUGCAUACAGUCCAUGCAGUUAUGUGCUGGUGAUACUGUAACAUUUAGUCGGAUAGACCCUGGAGGCAAACUUGUUAUGGGUUUCAGAAAGGCGUCAAUUUCUAUAGAUGCACAGGAUGCCUCUACAUCUGCACUUUCUAAUGGCAUUUCAGCAAAAGGAACAGACUUUUCUGGUGGAACUGAGAAUCUGCCAUCGGGAAGUAAUUCUACCGAUCUUCUCAAUUCAACAAAAGGGAACGGGGACUCACAAUUAAAUGGACAUCCAGAAAAUUUGCAUUUGGGCACUGGAGCUGCUGAUUUGCUUAAAACUGAAAAUUGUGAGAUGACAAAGAAUCAUUCACUGCAGCAGCAAAUUUCAGUUUUGGAGAAGAAGAGGGCUCGCAACAUUGGGCCUAAGAGUAAGAGGUUGCUCAUUGAUAAUGAAGAUUCUAUGGAGUUAAGACUUACAUGGGAAGAAGCACAGGACUUGCUUCGCCCACCGCCUAGUGUAAAGCCAAGCAUUGUCACAAUUGAGGACCAAGUAUUUGAAGAAUAUGAUGAGCCCCCAGUUUUUGGAAAGAGAACAAUAUUCAGUGCCUGUUCAUCUGGGGGGAAGGAACAAUGGGCUCAAUGUGAUGAUUGCUCUAAAUGGCGAAAGCUGCCAGUUGACGCUCUUCUUCCUCCCAAAUGGACAUGUUCUGAAAAUGUUUGGGAUACAAGCAGGUCUUCUUGUUCUACACCACAGGAACUGAGAUCAGGGGAAGUAGAAAAUCUUCUGAAAACCAACAAAGAUUCUAAGAAACGACGAGUUGUAGAAAAUGGCAAGCCACUCCAAGAACAUGAGCCUUCUGGCUUAGAUGCUCUUGCCAGUGCAGCAGUCUUUGGAGAAAAUUUUGUUGACCCUGCCGAGUCAUCAGCUGGAGCCACCACCAAACAUCCUCGACACCGUCCUGGCUGCUCUUGUAUUGUGUGCAUUCAGCCGCCGAGUGGAAAGGGGAGACACAAGCCAACUUGUACUUGCAAUGUGUGCAUGACCGUGAAGCGCCGGUUCAAAACCCUUAUGCUGCGCAAGAAGAAACGCCGCGAAGCAGAUGCUGCUGCUGCUGCAUCUGCUGCCCAGAAAGAUCAUAGUCACCAAAUAGAUGAGUCAGAUACCAAUGGAGCACCACAAAGAGAUGAUACAAGUCAUUUAGAAAAAGAGGAAGGACUAAACAAAGGUCAAAGUGAGGUUGGUGAGUCCAGUGCUGGACAGAUAGAUCUGAAUUCUCAUCCGAACCGCGAAGACAUGCAAAUGGAUAUCACAGGACUCGGCAUGUCUAGCCAUCAUCUUGAAACAAGAAGCAACCCAGUAAGGGAAAAUAUAGAUCAAAAUGGUCUAAGAAGCUUCAGUAGUGAACUGCAGAAUGGUCAUCAUUCCUCUUUGCUCACACAUUCUAAUGGAGAAGGUCAGAGACACUUCUCUGAUGAAAGAUGUUUUCCAUCUAGAGUCUGGAACCAGGAAAGAAGAGAUGAAGUAUACAAUCAUCCCAAUCAGAGUCAAAACAGUCUUUCUUAACAUUUUUUUUUGAACUUGGAUUUUUCUAUUUCUCCUUAAUUGGACUCACACCGUAUAUAUUUUACUUUCUUUUUCAAAGGGGUGGUUAAAGAUAGUUCUUUCUAAAUAUAAGAAUGUAAUUUUAUUAUUUAUCUUUGAAGUAUGUAUCUUCAUGGAAAUGUUGUUGAUCAUUUCUUUAUUUGACCAUGUAUUAGUUUGUUGAUUAUAAUAAUGUGACAUGGGAGAAA